CGAUCAGAUCAUCAUGCAGGACUUCCAUCAAAUGUAAAAAUGUCUGGGUCUGGAAGAAUGCAACUUGUCAUGGUAAAUCUCAAGCAUGCAAAAAUCUGUGUUGCAUGAUUACCAAAAGUCGUCCAGUUUUGACCAAGUCGGGAGGGAGUUUGCCAUGCAGGACAGGCAUGAGAGAGAUCGCGCAGAGUCUGUCAUGCUAGGUCCUGCAUUCCAGACCUCAUGGGUCAUGGAAAAGCUGCAUGACAAAUCGCGCAUUUUUCCAGACCCAGACAUUUUUACAUUUGAUAACUUCACGGGCAAAACGAGCGUGGUGCACGGUUUCAAGUUAACCGCUGCGGGCGAGGGGUGUGAGUCUACCGCACAAUCGAAAGCGGCGCAGACGGACCCGAACGGAAUUGACGUGUUGGCGAAGAUGUGCAAGCGGGUGGUGGUGGAAACGGAUGCGAAGUACGUCCCGGCGUAUAACGGCCUGUUCCAGGCGCUGGACUGCGAGUAUUCCCAACUCGUGAAAUGCCCGAGGAAGCGAC